UUCGAAGCUCAAAGCGGGAGGAAGUAGCUGUUGUGUUUCUGCCGGUUGUUGUUGUUGACGUUUUUCUAAGAAAAGCAACAGGAUGGACACGACGACGUGUCUGAAGUCUCUGCUGUUGGCUAUCCAGCAGUACAGAGACGGCAGGACAGUGCAACACGCCGCACAGCUACAGAAACAAGUGGAGGAGGUUUCAGGCAUGAAAUGUGACAAGCUGCUGUCCUCAGGCCAGGUUCUACCCAGUGAGUGUGUGAGUGGGCUAGUGGAGCUGGCUGGAAACCCAAACACCAGCCCCGACCUGACAAGCUCCAUCAUCGCCCUGCUGGCUCAGUUAGCCUGUGAUGAUUCCAGCCGGGAGAUUCUUCACAGCAGCUACAACCUCACCAGCACCCUGGCUGCUGUCAUCCACUGCCACAACAACACACCAGAAGAGCCUCUGGUGCUGCAGUGCCUACAGGUGCUGCAGAAGCUGACAUACAACACUCGCAUCUUCCAGUCCACAAGCUACAUCCAUGAGCUCAUAACGUUUCUCAUGACCAACAUUCACUCCCACAAUGAAGACAUAGUCAUGUCCUGCCUCGGCCUCAUGGCCAAUCUUUGUCGGGACAACCCGUCAGUGCAGAGUCACAUCAAGUCUCUGGACAAUGUGAAGCCGUUCUACCGAACUCUGAUCAACUUCCUGGCUCACAACAGUCUGACUGUGGUGGUCUUCACGUUGUCCAUCCUGGCCAGCUUAACUUUGAAUGAGAAGGUGGGCGAGAAGCUGUUUGAUGCCAAAAACAUCCAUCAGACUUUCCAGCUUGUGUUCAACAUCAUUGUGAACGGUGACGGCACGCUGACAAGAAAAUACUCCGUUGACCUUUUAGUUGACCUGUUAAAAAAUCCCAAAAUAGCAGAUUACCUCACCAGGUAUCAGCACUUCUCAGCAUGUGUGUCUCAGGUUUUAGGACUGCUGCAUUCAAAGGACCCAGACUCAGCAGCUAAGGUGUUGGAGCUCCUCCUGGCCAUGUGCAGUGUCUCAGGUCUGCGCUCACAGCUGUGUGACAUAGUUUUCAGACCAGCUGGUCCUAAACUCAGAGCUGCUGGCUGCAAGCAGAGGACUGGGCUGGACGCUGGACGAAAGAUGGAGGGAGGGCUGGCUCUGGUGCAGUGGCUGAGCUCGCCUGUGGAAGGGGCCGAAUCCUGCUCGCUGCAGGCCCUGCAGCUGCUGAACGAGCUGCUGGAGGAGUCGCUGGGAGCAGAGAGUGUGAAUGAAUGUACGCUGAGCUUCGUGGAAAUGUUGCUUCCUGUCCUGGUAGGGCUGCUAAAGGGCCUCGAUCUUGCACAGGGAGACGCUCACGUCAGAAAGCAUUGCCACCGCAUCACGCACACCACCAGCCUGCUGCUUAUCCUGUCUGCUGAGGACGCCACCAGAUCUUUGGUGUCCCGUCAGGUGCACGCUCAGCUCUGCCUCUCUCAGGUAGAAACCCUCCUGUCCUGUUGUCAUAGCAACAGUCCUCUUACCUGCCUGCCCACUGGUUCUGAUAAGGAUCUCAGUCAGGUGUGUGCAGAAGCUCUGCUAAAAACUCUGGAGUUAAUGAGCAAACUGAGACAACAGGUGAAAGACAUGGAGACCAGCUUCUACAGGAUGCUACAGGACCAGCGAAUAGUGACCCCCCUUUCUCUGGCCCUGACGUCCCACCAGAGAGACCAUGUGCAGACUGGACUCUCCCUGCUAUUUGAAGCCACGCCCCUCCCAGACUUCCCCUCGCUGGUUCUGGGGGAAAGUAUGGCUGCCAACAACGCGUAUCGUCAGAGGGAGGCCGAGCUGUCCAUCAAACGCGUUGCAGUGCAGGAUGUCCCGCCUCUCAGGACCAACGCCAGCAUACUGGAUUCCUCCAGUGCUUCCAGGAGCGUAAGCGGUCUGGUUGAGAAGAUGCAGACGAAUUUGGAGCUGCAGGAGCAGAUGAAGGACUCUCAUGUGUCGGAGAUCAUUGAUGUUUAUGAACAGAAACUUGCUGCGUUUGUGUCUAAGGAAAGCCGUCUGCAGGACUUGUUGGAAGCGAAGGCUUUGGCUCUUUCUCAAGCCGACCGUCUCAUCGCUCAGUAUCGCGUCCAGCGAGCUCAAGCUGAGGCCGAGGCCCGGAAGCUGGCCUCCUUCUUGAAGGAUGCCGAGCGUCGGCGGGAGGAACUGCAGGGCGAGCUGAGCAACCAGGUGUUAGAGGUGGAGCGAUCCAAGACCGACAUGGAGGAGCUGCUGCAGCAUAACAGCAGGCUGCAGAAGGACUCCGAGGAGCACCAGGCCCUCAAAGGAGCCUACAACACCCUACUCAACAGAUUUAAUGAAACCGAGCGGCUGCUGAAGGAGCUGCAGAUGGCGCACAUCUCUCUGACCAAACACAACGAAACUCUGAGGAAGAACCAUGAAACACUCCAAGUGCAACAUGAGAAGGUGGCAUCAGUGUUGGAAGAGAGAGAAGAAGACAUCAGAUCACUUCAGUCAGACCUACAAAAGAAAAACGACGACCUCUCAGGUCUGCGGGCUGAACUGAAAGCAGAGGAGGAGAAAGUGAAGGAAAAGAACAGAGAAAGAAGAGAACUGGAGGAGACGGUGGAUGUUUUGAGGAAGGAACUUAACAAAACUGAACAGGCCAGGAAGGACGCCAGCAUCAAGGCAUCUUCUCUGGAGCUGCAGAAGAGUCAGCUAGAGACGAAGCUGAAGCUGAAGGAGGACGAGCUGAACAAACACUCAGCCAUGAUCGCCAUGAUCCACAGCCUCAGCAGCGGAAAGAUGAAGAGCGACGUCAACCUGUCGCUUUGAGGAGGGACAAAGAAAACGCUUAAAACUGUGCUCAAUGAACUUAAAGCUGAAAAUUUAUUUUUAAACCUAUAAAGAACACACCAUUAAUUAUAUUAAUGUAAACUUGUACUUUUAAUGUAGAGGUAAUAUUGAAUUUUAGUGUUGUCUGUGUUUUUAAUGUGUGGUAAAUAAAUGAUGGAUCUGGUUUUGUGCUGGAUUCUU